GGCUCUUCCCCACGAGAUUUCUUCAAUGGCUACAUUCCCGUGAUAUGUAUCUGCUUGCAUUCUUGAUGUUAUUUUGAUACAUUUUGCUGUAUUGCUGCAACUACUCACUGCGCAGGUUCCCGCAAGCAUGGGUUCGCCAAAAGAAAUUCAUUGGGGCAUUAUGGCCACCGGCUGGAUCGCGCAAACCUUCGUCAAAGACCUCCUCGUCGACCCUACCACACGCAACGUCAAGGACAUUCGUCAUGUUGUUACCGCAGUCGCAUCCUCCUCGUCUCUGUCGUCGGCAGAAAAGUUCGUUUCCAACUUCGUCUCCCCGUCCCAGUCCACAAAAUGUACCCCAUACGGCUCCUACGAAGAACUGGUGAAAGACCCGGCUGUCGACAUCAUCUACAUUGGCUCGCCACACUCUCACCACUACCAAAACGCCAUGCUCUGUCUCUCUCACAAUAAACCCGUCCUCUGCGAGAAAGCGCUCACCGUCAACGCCGCGCAGGCUAAGAUCCUAUACAAGACCGCGAAAGAGAAGAAUCUCUUCUUCAUGGAGGCUGUUUGGACUCGCUAUUUCCCACUCAGUCAGACGAUCAGGAAACAUAUCACGGAUAAUGACAUCGGUGAGGUACUACGAGUCGUCUCAGAUUUGAGCAUUGGUGCGGUACCCGAGAAAGAUUUCGACCUGGGCCACCGCAUGGUGAACCUUGACCUGGCGGGUGGAGCUCUUCUCGACCUAGGGGUUUAUGCUCUCACCUGGGUUUUCCAAUCGAUGUAUCACACACUACCUCCCCAAGUCAGGGAACAAUCUCGGCCCAAAGUGAUUGGCGCAGCAAUGACUCCCGAACCGCGUACCGGCGCCGAUGAAUCCACACUAAUACUCCUCGAAUUUCCCAAAUCGACUCCCGCCGGAAAGACGAAAGCCCACGCCGUGGCCACCACGGCCAUGCGUGUGAGCGACGAUCCCGCCCGAGGACACGAUGGGAAGGAAGAUGUGGAAGUCCCCGCGGUACGCAUCGAAGGCGAAAAGGGUGAGAUCCAGGUAUAUGGCCCAAUAUAUCGACCGAUGCGUUACCGAUUGGUCCCGAAGGACAAAAACGCAGAGAUUCUCGAUCGGAAAUUCGAGUUCGAGGGCGGCUGUCACGGUAUGAUGUACGAAGCCGACGCCGCGGCCCGUUGUCUAAUUGCUGGGGAGCUGGAGUCCGAGACGUUGCCGUGGGCAGAAUCCACGCUGAUUAUGGAAGUAAUGGAUGAAGCGAGGAAGCAGGGCGGCUUGGUGUAUCCAGACGCGAUCGAGAGCACGGGCUACCCCGUGAAAUUGACAGCCAAGGCGUAGAAGAGACACUGAUGGGACGAGGGAGUCCACUGCCGGAACAGCACUGCACGUCUGCCGUAUCCGUUGAUGGAAUUUCUGAGGGCGAGAUGUCCAACACAUACACCUACACCUCCUUAGCAAGCCAAGCUGGAAAACGACGCGGCACAGCCUAAGUCAGAACAUGUGCUAUGUCCUAUAGAGCCAAAGAGUGUUCUGUGACAAUGACGUGGCCGCCCUCUUAUAAACAAAAAGGCGAAUAGUAGUAAACGAGUUGCCCGUUUGAUGGGAAUCUUCCCCGAUCCAAUAACGACUGUAUGUACUUUACCAUUUACCGC